CUUUUCCUAUUGCAAGCAAAAACAAAUGGCAACCUCAACCUAUGAGGAAGACUAUCAUCUCCAGUAUGCUAUGCAACUUUCAAGUGCAUCAGUGCUGCCUCUGGUUUUGAAAGCAGCAAUAGAGCUAGGUGUGUUUGAGAUAAUAGAAAAGGCUGGUCCUGAUGCCUUGCUCUCAGCUUCAGAUAUUGUCGCUCAAUUUCCCACACAAAACAAUCCGGAAGCCCAUAUUCUGCUAGACCGUAACCUCUGCCUGCUCGCAAGCCAUUCCAUUCUUACUUGCUCAGUGUCCACCAAGAAUAUUCAGGAUGGUCAUUCCCAGAGGUUAUAUGGAUUAGCACCUAUGGCCAAAUACUUUACCAAGAACCAGGAUGGAGGAUCGUUGAGUCCCUUUUUAGCUAUGAUUCAUGACAAGGUUAUGAUGGAUAUGUGGUACCACUUAAAAGACGCAGUUCUGGAAGGAGGGAUUCCAUUUGAAAAGGCUCACGGGAUAAAUUCUGCAGAAUAUCUAAAAAAAGAUGCAAGAUUUUGUGAGCUAUUCAGCAGUUCCAUGAAAAGUUUCAACGUUACAUUUAUGGAGACAAUUCUGGACAUAUAUGAUGGAUUUGAAGGUGUAAAAUGCUUGGUGGAUGUGGGUGGUGGAAAUGGUUCUAUCCUUAACAUGAUCAUUACCAAGUACCCUGCAAUUAAGGGUAUCAACUAUGAUUUGGCUUCAGUUGUGGAAAGCUCACCAUCCUACCCAGGUAUUGAUCUUUUGUUUUGAUCUUUUAUUUUAACUUAUUACUAACAAAUCGAAAGGAUGCUUGCCUCUUCUUGAAGUUGAAACGCGACUAGUAUAUAUAUAUAUAUGAUCCCCAAAGUCUUGAUGCUGAUAAAUUAUUACAUGUCGAUGACAACAAAAGCAUGUCUCGAUCAAUCAUACAUGAAGCUCAAACAUAUGUUGUUUUUACUGUUCACAACCUCUCGUAUUUUAUUAUAAAUUACAGUAGUGCAAUUUUUAGAGUUUUUUUAA